AUGUCGGAAGAACAGGCGUGCCUUGUGCGCGCUCGGUCGGAUUCUGAAGGCUCGUCGAAGCACAGCUUCGGAACCAUGACUUAUACUGAGGAUAGACUUAGCGGCACGGAAGGUGGUGGCGGAGAGCCAGGCAACACUAGCCACAUGGCCACCAGCCCCCCCGACCACACCACCGACGUCAACGAGAGCGGCGAGCUCUUAGACUACAACGACUCCAGUGUACUCGAACAGUUUCACGAGGAUGCCUUGCGACAGGCGGGUACCGGGCUAGCACAGGCGCGAGUCACUCUAGCAGUGUUCCUCGCUAUAGCGGGAGCGUCGCUAGAACUAUCUGCCAUCCCCUUCAUUCUACCCUCCGCGGAAAUCGAACUCUGUAUACUACCGCAUGAGAAGAACUGGCUCAUAAUGAUAAGCCUAGUAGGAGGUUCACUAGGCGCGGUAGGAUGGGGUGCUCUGUCCGAGAGGCUGGGUCGGAGGCGGUGUCUGGUGUCUUGUCUAGCCGUCAACGCAGUCUUUGCUGCCAUAGCCGCGUUCAUGCCCACCUAUGGAACUUUCAUGAUGGCCAGAUUCUGUUCGUCGCUGGGCUCUGGUGGCAUAGUUCCAACCUCGUACACGUAUUGCGGGGAGAUUUGGUGGCGGGCUCGAAGGGGCGCGGCCCUGGGGGCUCUAGCAGCGGCCGCUGGCGCGGGGGGCGCAGCCGCAGCCGCGCUCUCCGCUGCAGUCCUCCCGCAAAACGGAGCCUCCACGCUUAUUGAGAAUAAAGAACAUUUUAGCGCUUGGCAUCGAUAUCUCCUACUCUGCACGAUUCCGAUCCUGGCGUCGUUGGUCAGCCUGAUCUGGACGCAGGAAUCCCCUCGGUACUUGCUCGACGUAGGAAGGGAGGUCGAUGCCAUGAUGGUCUACCAAAGCAUCCACAGCAGCAACAAGUUCCGUGUAUGCGGGGGCGCGGGCGUGUCGGCGGGCAGCGCGGAGUACCGGCUCGGGGAACUCGCCCUGCCGGGGAAGCGGCGCCCUCCCGCCCUGCAUCACGUACGACAUAGCGUUAAAAUGUUCUGGCAGUCAUUCUUUCAACUUUUCUCGAGUACCUACAGGAGGACCACACUCUCACUCGGAGGGACAUUACUUUUCACUAUGGCGAUACAGUACUACCUAGCCUCCUACAUACCAGCUACGGUCGUGAAGAUGGAAAGCGAUCUCUACGAGGCCUCAAAACAGAGUAUAGGGAAUGAAACCCUAACAGAUGUACAUUAUAACACGACUCUAGAAAACGUCGAUUAUUAUAAUGUGACAUUCAACAGAUGCACGAUCAGAGAUAUGUUGAUAUCUCACGUCGCGUUCAGAAACUGUUCCUUUUACAACGUUGCGUUAUCAAAUCUCAAGACCUCGUUCACUACCUUCGAGGGGUGCUCGUUUAUAAAUAGCACUAUAAUAGACACAGAUAUGGAGGUAGGAAGGGAGUUCGACGAGUGGUGUGUGUUCAACAGUACGAUAGUGAGAGGUAUGCGGGGGGGCUGCGCCAGGCACGCCGACCUCACCUCCAAGCUGGGGGGGAUGACCACGGAGCAGAGCUACGCGGCACACGCCAUGUUCCUAGUCACCUUCGUCGCUUUCAUGCCGCAGAAUUUAAGACCCGUUGUGGCUAUGUGUGGUGCCUGCAUAUUGCUGUCUCCCUUAGUCUACAUAGCGCAGAGCGAGACAGCGCUAUACGUCGUAGAAGCAGUAUAUCGAUUCUUCAUAACGCUAAUAUUUUACUCCGUAGGAGUAAGCGUUGUGGAUUCUUAUCCACAUAACUUGAGAUGCACGGCGCACGGGCUCCUCCUGUCGGUGACGUACGUGGGGGGCGCAGUCCUGCGCGGGGCGGGCGAGGCCCCGGCGGCCCCCUCGGCCCUGCUGUGCGCCGCCCUCGCCGCCGCCGCCACCGCCUCCGCCGCCGCCAGCCAUUAGGUAUUGUGUGUCCCAUGGACUCGGUUAUUAUCAGGGAUUUUCAACGUUAUUGUAAAGUUGUCUUUACAAAAUAUUAUUAACGACGGCAACACCUGUAUUGGGUUGCCAUGAAUAAAAUUUAAUAUCGAUUAUUUACGACUUAAGUUGGGUUUUAUAUUAAAAGUGUUGGUCUUAUUUAGGCUCGAAAAUAUUAUGAAGUACUGAGUUAUUAUGAGUGACUCUUUAAUGCGAUCGCCUAAUAUAAAAAAAUAUGGAACUUGGCAUUAGGUAUUCCCAUAUAAAUCCAAAUUCUCAAAAAAUGAGAUUACUAGGUAUCUAAGUAUUUCUACCUACUUACUUUAUAUUAGGUAAAAUGUUAAUAAAAUAUAUCGAUACUCUUAACCGACUACACUAAAAAGUAGUAUGAAGCGUUUUUAAUAUAAAACCUAACUUUUAAAGGAAUGAACUUGCCAUAAUGAUUAACCAAAGUAAUAUUGACUGAUUUUAUUGUUAUGUCACUAAUAACCGACUUAAAAAGAAGUGAUAUGCAACUUUGUUAUUUGCGAGAAGUACUACGAUGUAGGAGUGACGACAGGGUACGAAUUUAAAAGUAUAUUUAACUAGAGACCCGCCCCGACUUCGCGCAAUUCUGAUACUAAAAUUUCUACACUAUUUAAUGGAUGUUGUUAUACAUAUAAAC